AUGGCUGACGAAGAAUACCUCAAGAGAAAGAGAGCGUUCCGCAAGUUCUCUUACCGCGGCAUCGACCUUGACGAGCUCCUCGACCUCUCGUCCGAGCAGCUCCGUGAUGUCGUCCACGCCCGCGCUCGCCGUCGGUUCAACCGUGGUCUCAAGCGCAAGCCUAUGGGUCUGAUCAAGAAGCUUCGCAAGGCCAAGCAGGAGGCCAAGCCAAACGAGAAGCCAGACCUCGUCAAGACUCACCUCCGUGACAUGAUCAUCGUCCCAGAGAUGAUUGGCUCUGUCGUCGGUGUCUACUCGGGCAAGGAGUUCAACCAGGUUGAGAUCAAGCCUGAGAUGGUUGGCCACUACCUUGCAGAAUUCUCCAUCUCCUACAAGCCAGUCAAGCACGGUCGUCCAGGUAUCGGUGCCACCCACUCCUCGCGUUUCAUCCCAUUGAAGUAG